AUGAAGAUGAUACGAAGAUUGCUGCUUUUUCAGACAGUCGUUCUUGCUCAAUUCAACGAGCUCGAUCUGUACAAUCGACCGCGAAAGCCCCGGCCCAAUGCGCCGAGAAUUUACGAUGCAAGUGAUGCACCUCUUGAAGACUUCUCCAUGCUUGAUGAUGCCCAAGUGAUUCAAUACGAAGACGAAGGGGAAGAAGAAACGAUGGACGCUCCAGCGUUGAUGAGUGGUAUCAGACCGCCCAAAAGAAAGCAAGCGGCAAAAACAACUGCUGCUCCAAGCACAACAACCCUUCAAAUCAACGAAGAAAAUAAUGAGAAGAUGCCAAAAUUUGCUAGAACCGCGGCAGAAGACGAAGUUGAAAACAUUCAGUUUCGGAUGGAAGCGAUUGUUCAGGAGGCGAAAAAGUGGGUGUUCAAUAAUAUUGGGCGAAAUUCGCAAAGAGAUCAGCUGAAGGCGAAACGACUUGUGCAGAGGCUGGAUGCUCUUCCGGAUCGAUAUGCUAAAGUUUUCGAGCGCUGCCGAAGUCCAGAAGACGCAGCUCUGAUUGCCGAGCGCAAGAAGCAGCGCGAACUGGAAGGCGGCGAAAAAGGUGAGAGAAUGGACAAGGACGAGAAAGAGCUCAUCAAGGAAGAAAGAAAAGCAGCAAAUGCGAUCAAAAAGGAAGCACGGCUCAAGAAAAAGGCCGAACGACUCGAAAAACAAAGCUCAAAUGGGGCUGAGAAUGAACUGACAACUAGACGAACGGAUGACUUGGAAUUCCUGGCGCUAGAACGAGAAUAUGAAGAUUACACCUGGGUCCGAAAACGACGAGAAGCGGAACCUCCGAAAAAGGGAGGAAAAUUUCGACCUGGAAGAGUAUCUCGGCGGCCAGAAAAAUACUUUCACUUUUUGCAGAAUCAAAUCAAAGACAGAAAGCUCCAGCGAAACGAGUUGAAGUGCGAUAACGAGCUGUACCCCGACUGUAAGAAAAAAGGCAAAGCAGGCGCUGAUGCUCGUCGAAAAUUCAGACCAAAUGCACAGGAAGCUAUGUGGACCAAAAUUGUCAGGGCGAUGCGACUCGCUCCACUUGAGAUCGCGGAAAAUUGCCACAUAUGGGAACGACUAGAAAAGAAAACGUCGAAAUUAAAAGAAAAGUCCCAUAAACUUUACAAAAAGGUGAUGAUCAAGUCUCCGGAGAAAAUCGUGAACUCAAAAACCGGCAACUUUAAAAAGAAGAAGAAAAAAUCGAAAAAGCAAAUUUUAAAAGAACAACAACAAAGAGGAUGA